GUGCUGCGGCGCGGCGGGGGGCGCGUCGCCUUCCCGAAGGACGGAGUUUAACCUGGAAAAGUUGCUGAGCUCCGCCGGGAGCUUCUGGUGCCGGGGAGCCGCCGCGGAGCCGCCCUAACGCGGCGGCUGGUGAGCCCCGCUCUGCCCCGCAGCCCCCGAGCGACCGGCGGGGGAGGAGGAUGCUCUCUGCGCCCGUCCCGUCCGCUGCAGCCGAGGGGAGACACUUUAUUUUAACACCACCCGGGUUUAGCGGCACGGGGAGCAGGACGCCGCCCGCGCAGCGCAGCGCAGCGCAGCCCCGCGCCGGGGACCUGCCGGGGCGAGCCCACCUCCGCGGCGGCGGAGGGCGGCCGGGGCCGGGCCGGCGGCGGGGGGUGGGGAGGAGACGUCCCUCCCCCGCGCAGCCGGGAGGUGAUCCCUCGCCUCGGCUCCCUCCUCUGGAUGCUGGGAAGUUCCCGGGCGGCCGCGCCGGGAGCGGGGCUCGCCGCUAACCGCGCUCUCCCUCCGCUCCGCAGGCGCCGCCGCGGCCGGCCAUGCCCCCGGCGCGGCGCUGAGCACCGCGGCGGCGGAGCGCAGCCCCCCGGCCGCCCUGCGCGCCCGCCGCGGCCCCAUGACCCUGCGCUCCGCCGAGCCCCUGGAGAGCGCCCGGCGGCGCCCGGCUGCGGCGGCGGAGGAGUCCCGGGAGGCGGCGCGCCUGGCCGCGGCCAUGGAGGAGCUGCGGCGGGCAGGAUGGUACUGGGGCAACAUGAGUGUCGCUGAAGCCAAAGAGAGAUUACAGGAUGCCCCUGAAGGGACUUUCUUGGUUAGAGAUAGCUCACACUCAGAAUAUCUAUUGACUAUUUCAGUAAAAACAUCAGCAGGACCGACCAAUCUACGUAUAGAGUAUCAGGAUGGCAAGUUCAGGCUGGACUCUAUCACUUGUGUCAGGUCUAGACUUAAGCAGUUCAACAGCGUGGUGCAUUUGAUUGAGUACUACGUGCUUAUGUGCAAGGACAGAACCGAAACACCUUCGAACGGAACAGUUCAUCUAUACCUGAACAAACCUCUCUAUACAUCCGCUCCAUCUCUGCAACAUCGCUGCAGAAUAACGAUAAACAAAUGUACAAAUCAGAUCUGGGAACUGCCAUUACCAACAAGACUAAAAGAGUACUUGAAAGAGUACCAGUACCAGGUAUAAAUAUAUACUUUUCUAAAUGACUCUAAUGUAGAGUAACUUUUGAAUGCAAUUCUUUAACAUCGGCCAAAGAACUGAGUAACCAGUUGUACUACUCGGCAUGGAAUUGACUAUCAAAACAGUGGCAGUUCUGGGGGAAAGGUUUUUAUUUCAGAUGCCACAAAGGAAGACUUUAUGUAGAGUAAUCCCAGCUUGCAUUUCUGAGGGUUCGACAAGGUGGCGUGUUAUCUUGUGAGGAGAGAGAAGCCAGGAAUCUGUCCGGAUUGUGUUGCUUUGUCAAUGGCGUAAAAUACUGCACUAACUAUCAAAUGCUAGCUGAAGUGGUGGUGGGGGAGAGACUGCAAAAGUAGUUGAAGAUGUAUCAGAGUGAAUAAGUAUCUCAGUUGUCUGAUUCCAAGAUUAAUUUGGUGCUGGUGCUUGUAUAAUCCUGAAAAUUUAACUGGAUCACACUGUGAUAAUCUUGCCAAAGUUAUGCAACCAAUCAAAUCCAGUCCAAAAAGUGAUCAUCUAUUCAGUUUUUAUUGAACUGUAAUCCUCGUGCUUUUCUUCAAGCAAAGGAGUACUGUAAGUAAUCAAUUUAAAACAUUGUUUUUCAAAGCUCUCUAAAAAUUGGUUUUAAGGUGAAAUCCCACAUCUUUCAUAGGAACUCAGUAUAUGUCGCUGAUUAUACCAGAUUGGUAUCCCAGAAUCUUUGUUAACAUGUUAACAUCUUCCCUGUGGUGAUAUAUCCAUGUUAUUACUAUUAAGCCUCUUUUGGUUGAGGCUUUUGGACUCUAUGCUGCAGACUUGCAGUUGCUCAGUUCCAAUGUCAAAGCAUGGAUAUCAGCAGUUACGGCUGUCUUCUACAGUGUAGAAAGUUUUCUUCAGCUUGUUUCCCAAAAUAUGGGGAAGUCCGGAUUUGGGUUUUUUUCUGAGGUUGUUUGUUUUUUUCUAAUUCACCAUUGUAGCUAUCAGACUAUUACUCAAUAAAGUAAACCAAAUUGCACAAAUA